GGCAGAGUUGGGAGCUUUGUGGAUUUGUGGAGCUUUGCGAUUCGGAACAGUCGGCUGUCUUCCACCGAGAAAUAAAAUGUCCUUUUCGAGAGCACCGUUGAAACGUUUCAACGAGACCGUUGGUUGCGCCCCUCCGCCGGGAAGCUACGACAUCAAACCCGGGGACCUGAAGGGAGCGGCGUCUUUCGAUCGCUCGAGUCGCUUCAAACAUCCCAAAGACGCAGCGGGCACUGCCAUGCAGCCUCCACCAUCCCCCUCCAGAGAUGCCCUCUCCACCCCUGUCCGCAGGGCAAUGUCUGUUGAUAUGCUGGUUGAUGGCUCCAGUGCCAGGAAGGAGAAGACGUGCAUGACAGCGGACAGAAAACAACAGAAAUUCUUGGAGAAAGAGAUCCGGUCCCUGGUGCAGCAGCGAGGGGAGCAGGACCGGCAGCUCCAGGCCCUGAGAGAGGAGUUGAAGAAGGUGGAGGCCAAGCUGCUGGCUUUUGUCAGGGAGAAGACGGGCCUGACUGCCAAUGUUACCACACUGGAGCGACAGCGAGCAGAACUCAAGAAAAUCAAUGACUUCCUCAAAAACAAGAUUUCUGCUGAUGCUUCUAAAAAGAGAAUCAACUCUCUCACAAUGGAGUUGAUGGAGGCCCGGAAUCAUCUGGACGCUCGAAGCGCAGAACUGAGUGUCCUUCGAGUGAACAGUGAAGGACAGUUAAAGGAGUUGGACGCUGAACUGCAAGCUGCCAGGAAUACGGCGACAUCCCUGAAGGAGCGGAACACAAACCUGGAGGAUCUCCAUCACAUCUUAAAAUCACAGAACACUGAUCUCGAGACUGAAAACGCAAGAUUAAGUGCUGUGAUUUGCGAACUGAAGGAGGAACUCAAAGUCGUGCAGGGAUAUCUGGAUGCAGCCAAUGACGAGAUCCAGGAUCUCCGCCUCCAGCUUCGGGAGAAGAUGGCCUCUGGAUCUCAGGAGAAGCUCAAGGACCUGCAAGCCGAACUGGAGCAGCGCACCACCGAGCUCCAAUCCAUACGAGACGGGCUGAAACAAAAAGAGCAGGAGCUGGAGUCCUCCCAAAAGACUUUAAAAGUCUUGGAGGACGAGAUGAUCGAGGCAAACAAGAAAAUUUAUGAGGCCGAGACGACAAUUCAGCAACAAGAAGUGGAGCUCCUCAGACUGAGAGACGUGCUCAGGAGAACCGAGAACGAGCUGGACGAGAGAGUGGCGCAUCUAGAGCAGCGAUGUGUUUUCUCUGAGGAGGAGAGGAGCAGAGUUCAAGAGGAAGGCCUGAGGAGAGUCAACCAACUGAAAAAUGAGCUGAGCUCAUUGAGUGAGGCCAGAAGCGAGGCGCUGAGACUUCAAGUGAAGCUCAAGCACGCAAAUGAGACGCUUGAGAAAGACUUGGCAAAACAGAAGGAACUGGUGGAGACCCUGUCUGCCCUCGUCCAGUUUGAAAGAGAUCAGUCUGAGAAACAGGUCAAACAGCUGAAAGACGAGAUGGAGGAGAUCCUGGGGGAGCUCACGCUGAUGGAGGAGCAGGACGAGUGGAAGCAGGAGGCCAUCCUCACUCUGAAGAAACAAAAUGAAGACCUGGAGAGGCAGCUGAGUGACUCCAGGUCACUCCUGGAGAGUCAUCAGCUGCAGACAACGGAGAGUAAGGAGACGCUGUUGCGAGCGGAGGACCAGAUGGGUCAAAUCAAAAGAGACUGGGAGGAAGCCCAAACCGCGCUGGAGGUCGUUCGCUUGGAGAAAGAGAAACUCACGGACGAACUCGACCAAGCGAAGAACCACCACGCUAAGAUCAAGGAGGAGAAAGACGCUCUGGAGACCAGACUGCAGGCCGAGCUUGAGAGGGCAGCGGAGGAGAACAGCUCCCUUCUCUCUCAAUUAAAAGAGAGAGACGAGUCUAUACAUGCUCUCGAACACCACCUGAGCACGGCCGAGAGCGACAGGAGUCAGCUCCAGAGUCGCCUCCGUGAGGCCGAGAGCGACAGGAGUCAGCUCCAGAGUCGCCUCCGUGAGGCCGAGAGCGACAGGAGUCAGCUCCAGAGUCGCCUCCGUGAGGCCGAGAGCGACAGGAGUCAGCUCCAGAGUCGCCUCCGUGAGGCCGAGAGCGACAGGAGUCAGCUCCAGAGUCGCCUCCGUGAGGCCGAGAGCGACAGGAGUCAGCUCCAGAGUCGCCUCCGUGAGGCCGAGGGAGACGGCGUUCGCCUCCAGGAUCAGCUGGGCCUCACGGAGGAGAAGGCGCGGGCCUCCAGGGAGCAGGUGGAGGUGCUGAGCCAAGAGAAGGUCGCUCUGCAGUGGCAGAUAGAGGAGCAGCGACGGGAGCUGGACAGGCUGACUGCUGAGGUGCAGGAGAACAGCACCCAGAAUUCAGAGGGAGAGCAGUGGAAGAGUCUUUACGAGGAGCUGUUUGCUAAAGUCCAGCCAUUCCAGGAGCAGCUCAACGCAUUUGCUGCGCAGCGAGACGCUCUCCUAAAUGAGAACGGCGCAAACCAGGAGGAACUGAACAGACUGGCGGACGCUUACGCUCACCUCCUGGGACACCAGAACCAGAAGCAAAAGAUCAAGCACGUAAUAAAGCUCAAAGACGAGAACGUCGCUCUGAAGCAGGAGGUGUCAAAGCUCCGCUCCCAGGUCAGCAGGCAGAAGUGCGACCUGGAGCAGCUGAAGGCGAAGCUCCCCGGCGCCCCCCGCAGGAGGUUCGAUCCCGCCAAGGCCUUCCAGCACAACAAGGAAAACACGCCGUCUGGACCCGGCGAGGGCCUCGCUGAACUCGGCGCCUCAAGCCUCAAUGCAGCACUGAAGGAGGCUAACUGAGGUUAUUGGACUCUACUGUACAUACAAUAUUUUCAGAUUUCUUUUUUUUAUUUAACUCAGAAAGUUCUAUUGGAUAUGGGAGUGGUUCUGGGUGAGACACUGUUUUGUUUUCUAGUAAUUGUUCAAUAAAGACUGUUCUUUGA